AUGGUUUUUAGAGUUGGAUUAAGCAUCUCCGGCACAUUCCCUGCUAACCCAAUAGCAACAACAGCUCAUUCAGUAGUCUUCAAAGUUCACUCGAAACUUUAUCGUCGAGAUGUAGUUGUCAAGAUUGUAAAUCGAAAUGCUAUUCCGCCGAGCAUAGCUGAAAAAUUUCUGCCAAGGGAACUAGAUAUCACAAUGAAAGUGCGUCAUCCACACAUUGCUAGAUGCUUGGCUAUCACCAGACCUGCGCCAACGAAAAUUGUUAUAAUCUCUGAUUACUAUGAGAGGAGCACACUUCUCGAUUUGAUUCUAACCCAUAAACGUCUGAAGGAGAAUCCUCUCUCAGUAACACUUUUCCGUCAACUCAUUGAAGCUAUAAAUUACCUACACAAAAGAGGAAUUGCACACAGAGAUGUGAAACUUGAGAAUAUUAUGAUAGAUGGGAACGGAGACAUCAAACUGAUUGAUUUUGGGUUUGCCAGACAUAUUGAAAGAAGAGAACGGUCUCGCUCAUUUUGUGGAACACAACCUUACACUUGUCCACAAAUCACACGGUUUCGGCCUUAUGAACCAUUCACUGCCGAUUACUAUGCCUGUGGAAUAGUGCUUUUUACUAUGGUUGUGGGAAAGUGGCCGAAUUUGGCAAUGAGUUCUAUGAACAUCUUUCCGGAUAAACUUCCAUCUCGUUCCUGUCGAAGACUGAUCACUUCGCUUCUCGAUGAGAAUGAAUCGUGCAGAGCUGGAUACGAUGAAUGUGUGAAUUCUGAAUGGAUGGGUGGACAUCCGGUUUGGAUGUUUGCAAACCACGCUUAUUUUUAUGAAGAAGUGUCGAAUCGCGAUGAAGAUCCGUCUAACUUCGAGAUGUCUGAAAUCUGA